AUGGACAGGUCCUUCUCCCUGCCUGCUCUGCUUUCUCCCCUCGUCGGCAUCGGCCUGAGCUCGCUCCGCUCCGGUUCCGCCGCGACGGCAACCACCGGCACCCCCGACGGCUCAGAGCUGUGGGGGUACGUCGAAGUCCGGCCGAAGGCUCACCUGUUCUGGUGGUACUACAAGAGCCCGCAGAGGACGUCGACGCCGACGAAGCCAUGGCCAACAAUCCUCUGGCUGCAGGGUGGCCCCGGCGCGUCGGGCGUCGAGCUCGGUAACUUCCAGGAGAUCGGGCCGCUGGAUGUGAACCUGCAGCCACGGAACUCGACAUGGCUCCAGAAGGCCGACCUCAUCUUCGUGGACAACCCGGUGGGCGUCGGGUACAGCUACGUGGAGAACAGCAGCCUGCUGGUGACGACCGAACGGCAGCAGGCGGCGGACAUGACGACGGUGCUCAAGGCGCUGGUCAAGGAGGUGCCUACGCUGCAGAGCAGCCAGCUGUUCCUGGUCGCCGAGUCCUACGGCGGCAAGUACGCCGCCACGCUUGGCGUGUCCGUCGCCAGGGCCGUCCGCGCCGGCGAGCUCAAUAUCACGCUCGGGGGUGUGGCGCUCGGCGAUAGCUUUAUCUCGCCGGAGGAUUUCACGCUCUCGUACACGCCGCUGCUCCUGAGCGUGUCGAGGCUUGACGACAACGCCGCCGACGAAGCAAACAAGAUGGCGGAGACGGUGAAGGAGCAGAUCGCGGUGGGCAAUUUCAGCGACGCGGCGGAUUCGUGGAAUGGCCUAGUGGGGUAUUUCAUCCCCUCCAGGAGCGGCUUCGUUGACAUGUACAAUUUUCUUCUGGAUGAUGGCAUGGACCUCUUGGCGGCAGACACACCGGCGGGGUCGUCGCCCAACAACGUGCUGGCAUUGAAGUACUCAACAUACCUCGGCAGCCGGGACUCGAAUGGCUCCAACACCAUCGGUGGCAUCAUGAACGGAGUCAUCAAGGAGAAGCUCAAGAUCAUCCCGAAGGACCUCAAGUGGCAUGAGCUUAAUCGUGCUGUUUAUAGCGCGCUGGGCAAUGACAUGAUGAAACCAAGAAUCGAUGAGGUUGAUGAGCUAUUGUCUUACGGUGUCAAUGUGACGGUGUACAAUGGCCAGCUUGACAUAAUUUGCUCAACCAUUGGCGCAGAAACAUGGGUUCAGAGGCUCAAAUGGGAUGGGUUGAAGACUUUUCUUUGUUUACCGAGGAAAUCUCUGUACUGUGAGCCCAGCAAAGGAACCAAGGCUUUUGUCAGGUCCUACAAGAACUUGCACUUCUACUGGAUUCUUGGAGCUGGGCACUUUGUGCCUGUUGAGCAGCCUUGUAUUGCACUUAGCAUGAUCGACAACAUGACUCAGUAG